AUGGCCCCUGAUUUGCGAAUUGGUAAGAGCAAAUCUGGUAGCCAACUGACUAGUCAUUCAGUCGAUGCAUUUUUGUCGAUGCUCUAUGAGGGCAUAGCAGAAACGUUGCCCGACAGGUUUGUUCGUCGUGGCCGAGCAGCUGCGAGCGAUGAUCCCGAGUGGGAUGUGGAACCGGAGGAUUGUGAUCUUGAGGAUCUUUCAAACUUUUUGGACCGUCCUGGCAAAGGAUCAGUUUGGGAAAGCUUCGUGCCAAGCGACAAGAAAAUCACAAAAUAUUUAGACCCAGGCACAGUCUCAGACCUUUACACGCAAUAUGAAGCCACAAGGGGCAUGUUCGGUGCAACUGCUGUGUCGUAUUCCACCUUCCUGCGGAUCUACAAGGAGAGGUGGCAGGACGUCUUGAAGUUCCGACAGAGGAGCAUGUUUAGCCAAUGUGAACCUUGCUUCCACUUCAAGAGUGACUUGAGCAACCCCUCGCUCACGAUGGAGCAGAAGCUCGGCGUGUUGGUCGAGUACAGGCGGCACUUGGCAUCACAGUACUCAGACAGGUGCAUCGUUUGGAAUCUCCAGGAGCUGGCCCUUGACCCCAUGUCGGACAUCAUCGUCAUGAUGACCGACGGAAUGGAUCAAGCCAAAUUUAGGCUACCUCGUGAUCCAAAGUUGCGUGCGUCAGCUUCACUUAGCUCAGUGGUGCGCCCAAAGCUCACUGUACACGGCCUGCGGGUCUUCGACCUGCCAGAGCAGCUGGCUGGGAAGAUCGAUCCUGGCAGCUGGCACGGGAACAACCACACGGACGCCUUCAAACAGCAAUGUUUCAAACUAGCGCUUCUCAUCCAUCAAGCGUACGGUCAGCCCUACGACAAGGCAGUCCAAUACCUGAAGGAUGUGAAGGUGGAAAAAGCAGCAGGACCAGGGCCAUCGCCUUCCAAAAAGAUGGCAACCGAGAUGGAAAAGAAGCUGAAGAACCUCCCUGGAGAUACUACAUUGCUCAAGGAGAUCAUCAAUUCACUGCUGAUGUUCACCGAAGAUGGUGGUAAUUUGGAUUGCCUCCAUCCUGCGCAACUCGUGCUGGACUGCUUGCGUGGUGAAUCCAAAGACGCAUACAUGGACCAAUUGCAAGGGUGGUAUGAUGCCUACUCGUCUGCACGGGGCAUGGCAAGCAGAAUCUUCAAACCCAUUGACAAAUGCGUGUGA